GACGUCGUUUAUGACGCUCGUCUUGCCAUUUCUCCCUCUUCUCACUUUCACUCUGGAUUUGUCUUGUUGAAUAAGAAAUUUGGGAAACCCUUGCUUCUUCAUUUCUGAUUCAUUUGUUCACCAACGAUCUUGUGCUUUCUCCCAAUUUGAGAACUUGCGAAGAUGACCCAAGACGCCGAGAUGAAAGAGAUUCCUACUCCAUUGUCGUCUUCUACCUCUUCAACUGCCCCCUCAACUCUGCAGCAUUUGAAAGAGAUUGUGUCGCUUAUUGAGACUGGUGCCUAUGCCCGGGAAGUUCGGCGCAUUGUUCGUGCCAUUCGUCUGACUAUGGCGUUGAGGCGGAAGUUGAAGGCUUCUGUUCUUUCUCAAUUUCUGAAUCUUGUUCUUCCGUCAGGGUCCGAGGUGUACUCUAGGUUAUCGUCCUUUCUUCCCAAGGAGGAAGACUGUGAAAUGGAUGUUGACUCAGGAACGCAAGCUCCUGCCAAACACCCCUUGCCCGAGAUAGAGAUAUUUUGCUACUUGAUUGUGCUAAUCUUUUUGAUUGAUCAGAAGAAAUAUGACAAUGCUAAGGCUUGUGCUUCAGCAAGCAUUGCACGGCUUAAGAACCUAAAUAGGAGAACAGUCGACGUGUUGGCUUCCAGGCUCUACUUCUAUUACUCCCUCAGCUACGAACUCAACGGUGAUCUAGCUGAAAUAAGGGGCAACCUCCUAGCCUUGCAUCGCAUUGCAACCUUGCGCCAUGAUGAAUUGGGUCAGGAAACCCUCCUUAAUCUACUACUUCGUAAUUACCUCCACUACAACCUUUAUGAUCAAGCAGAGAAGUUGAGGUCCAAGGCACCACGAUUUGAAGCUCACUCGAAUCAGCAGUUCUGUAGGUACCUGUUUUACCUUGGGAAGAUCAGGACCAUUCAGCUGGAGUAUACCGAUGCAAAGGAGUCGCUUCUGCAAGCUGCUAGAAAAGCACCUAUUGCAGCACUUGGUUUUCGAGUACAGUGUAACAAAUGGGCAAUCAUUGUUCGCUUGUUGCUGGGAGAAAUCCCCGAGAGGACUGUUUUCAUGCAGAAAGGCAUGGAGACAGCUCUGAGGCCAUACUUUGAACUUACAAAUGCUGUGAGGAUUGGUGACUUGGAGCUUUUCAGAACCGUUGCAGAGAAGUUCUCUAGUACUUUCAGCUCAGAUCGAACCAACAAUUUGAUCGUGAGGCUGCGACAUAAUGUCAUAAGGACUGGGCUUCGCAACAUUAGCAUUUCGUAUUCACGUAUUUCUCUGGCUGAUGUUGCCAAAAAGCUGAGAUUGGACUCUGCAAAUCCUGUUGCUGAUGCUGAGAGUAUUGUCUCCAAGGCAAUCCGAGAUGGAGCAAUCGAUGCAACAGUCGAUCAUGCGAAUGGAUGGAUGGUAUCGAAGGAGACCGGCGAUAUCUACUCUACCAAUGAUCCUCAAAUUGCUUUCAACUCAAGGAUUGCAUUUUGCCUGAAUAUGCAUAACGAGGCAGUUCGUGCUCUUCGGUUCCCGCCAAACUCGCACAAAGAGAAAGAAAGUGCAGAGAAAAGGAGAGAAAGACAACAGCAGGAGCAAGAACUUGCAAAGCACAUUGCUGAGGAGGAUGAUGACGACUUUUAGCUUAUUGAAUUUGGGAGAGACGGUAUGAAUCUCAAUCUUUGGUGCAUUAGUGAAGUAAAAAAUACAAUUUUAUUCAGAAUUAUUCUAUGCGUUGGUUCAGAUUUUCUUUAUCAUCAAAUGUUCUUGUCUGUGAUGGCCGGCUGCAACUCUUUUAUUUGUGGAAUGUUCUUGAGAUGCCCAUCUUAUAGUCAAUUACCCUUCUAAAUUGUUACUCAA